CACAAGCAGUGCGAAGUGAAACCGGUACCGUAAAGACAGACCAAAAGGUUUUCGUGGCAGAAAGUCGCCAUGUUGCGGGUGUGUGAGAAACUCUGUAAGGCGGACGAGAAGGGCAGGAGGUACGGACUAGCCCGGGCGGAGACAGGCUACCUCCGUGCCCUGGUGGACACCAUGGCCGACACAGACAGGCUGGCGGAAGUGGAGCUGCUCAAAACUCUGGGCGACGUAAACGUGGAGAAGGGAAGACUCGGGAAGGACGUGGGGAAAUUCAACACAGCCUUGGCGCUUUAUCAUGCUGCUAAGGUACGGUGUUACCAUGAAGAACAGGCAGAUGGUAUAGAACAUCGUUACCACUACACGGAGCGGCUUUUACAAGGGCUGUCGUCACAGGGUAAGGAACAGUCAACUGACGACAAGGAGACGACUACACCUGCAAAGAUAGCGGCAAAGUUUCAAGAUCUAGACAAGACAUUGGCUUUCGGAG